AUGGACGUGAUUCUGGAUUGCUACUUUGAUGAUGUGUUUUGCCAACUGGAACGAAAUUAUUUCAUGGCACGGUACAAGCGACGCCAGCUUGUGGAUUACCUCAACACUGUGAUCAAAGGGUAUGUGCGCGGCGAAGGUUGCGCCGAAGCAACAGCAGUAGCAUGUGCUGUCAUGGCGGCCAUACGGUAUCAUGACAAUUCGAAAACUUCGAAUGGAGAAGUGUGUCUUAUGGGUAAAUUCCACAAUAUCCUUUAUAUCGCUACUAAACUCUGCUAUGAUUGGAAGCUGAAAGACAAUACAAUAGUUGCGCACCUCUUAAACGACAUAUACCACUGUGAACACACUUUUGAACGUCUGUUCGUUGGUGCCAUUUUGGGGACACGAGUAACAAACUUAGUAUCAGGGUGGAAGAGUGAUUUCGAAAAUCCCGAAGAAAAUCUUUCAGCUAUUGAAUACUUCCUCAAUCAUGCCACAGAGGCAAAACUUGAAUAUGAAAAUAAUGGAAGGAAAACAAGGUUCAUUGACAUUUCCAUGGAAUCUUACACACGAACUCAGCCUCUUCGUAUUGCUGCCCAGUUUGGAAAAGCUGACGUAUUGCUUCUUCUCUUACGGUAUGGUGCCUCUAUAAUGUUUGAUUACGAAACUGGCGAGUUGCCAGUGGAACGACCAUUGAUUCAGUUUUGCAGAGUUCAUGUUUCCAAUUCACCAUUAAAUCAAAUUGAAGGUCCAUUCUCCUGUUUAAAAAUGUUGAUCCGUGCUGUCCCCACAAUGGCAACACUCCCAAGCGAUUCAUUCGAUGGUGAAGUUCGUGUUUGCAUCGGCAGGGAUACUUGUGGUUUGAGUACAUUGUACGUUCACCCGAAACUUCUACAGGAAGGUAUGAUACCGCCUUCACGUUCUGGAUUAAUCCCACCUGAACUUAAACAUUUAAGUCGAUGUGCUAUUAGGAAUGUUCUUGGAAAGAACUGGCAGUUACCACUGGGUAUCAGGAGUUUGCAUAUACCAACAAGCCUUCAGGAUUACUUGGACCUCUUGGAAGACUGA